AUGUCACUUUAUACAGAUAUAGAAACAAUGGAUGAUGGAGUUAUUAGUUUUACAAAUUUCUCUCUUCAGAAUGUAAAAGCAUAUUUAAAUAUUUAUAAAACAUCAUUAGAUUCAUUUGGAACAGAGGUUGGACACCACUCAAUUGUUUUGGAUGUUGGAAACGAAACAACUGAUGAAGAACAUCCAAUUGGUCUAAUGGUACACCUAGUCAUUCCGAAAAGGGAUGAGAAUCAAUUGGUAGAUUGUGCUGUUCAUAGAUACAACAAGAAAUCAGAUCUACUCCUAAGAUCAAUCUAUCUUGGAAUAGCCACAUUUCCAAACAAAGUUCAAAAUCUUAGGGAACUGAGAACAUGGUUUGUCAAAAGAUUCGAAAGACAAUUCAUUCAAGAGCAUUGUAAUGGCAAUUUUAAAUGGUGCUCAGAUACCAAUUGCCAUAAAUAUUCAGCAUUUGUGGUCAGUCAACUUGGAUUGGAAUGGCCUGAAGGUUUCAAAAUACUAAAUGAUUAUCCUUCGUGGACAAUUGAUUUGGUCUCUUUUUAUAGAGAUACCAUUCUCUCUUCUCAUUCUUCAUCAUAA